AUGGCCGACACCGCAGCCGGCCCGACGCGGCCGCAACGCCGGUCCUCGCCGCUCAAGAACGGCUACCUGAUCCUCUACAACUUCGUCUCCGCCGUCGCCUGGGCCACCGUCCUCGGCCGUACCAUCGCCCUCUUCGCCCUCCGCGGCCCGCAAUUUGUGCACCUCGGCGUCGGCGACUGGACGCGCUGGACGCAGACCAUGGCCGCCAUGGAGGUUCUGCACGCGCUCCUCGGCGUCGUCCGCGCCCCCGUCUUCACGACCGUUAUGCAGGUCCUCAGCCGCUUCGUCCUCGUCUGGGGCGUCGUCUACCCCUUCCCCUGGCUCGCGCGCAGCACCUGGUACUCGUCGAUGCUGCUCGCCUGGAGCGUCACCGAGGUCAUUCGCUACUCGUACUUCGCGCUCAACCUCAGCGGCCUCCAGCCCAAGCCCCUGACCUGGCUGCGCUACAAUACCUUCUUCGUGCUGUACCCCAUUGGCAUCACGAGCGAGUGCGUGCUCAUCUACUACGCCGCCGAGCCCGCCAAGCAGUUUGGCGAGGUGUUCCCGUACGUUUCGUACGCCAUCCUCGCCAUUUACGUUCCUGGUUCGUACAUUCUGUACACCUACAUGAUGAAGCAGAGGAGCAAGGUCAUGCGCAACUUGAAGGCCGAGGAGGCGGGCCGCUCAAAGACCCAGUAA